AUGCCAACUAUCUGGCAAACUAUAGCAGCAACAUUAGCAGUCUGUGGUUUUUGCUGCCUAAACAAUGCAGCAGCAACCCAACUGAGAAUGUUGCCACUGAGCGCAGCUGAUGUAUAUCGCUGGCUGCAUAGAAAUGGAAAAGAAGAUGCUGUACCAGAAGGACGAGUUAUUACUCAAGGAUUAGCUGCACUGUCAGGAUUUACGCUUGGACUAACUAAAGCCAUUGGCGGUGUACUGCUCUACGAUAUAAUCACAGCCAAUGUGACUGAUUUAGAUUUAGCAACAGGUGCUAGCAGCACAAAUGCAGCCUCAAAUACUGCAGCUACUACGCCCAGAGAAAUAUGUUUCAAUAGUCGCAAGGCACGUAGCUUAGAGGAAGCUACUGCUUUUGCGGCGGCUUAUCGUGACGAUAUUAAAGGAAACAAUUUAAGUCUGAACAGUGAAAUAAUGAAAAGGAAUAAACGUGAUAGCAAGCAUAAGAGAAAACAUAAAUACAAUCGGCAAAAUAAACUUAAAGAAAAGAAACCUAAGCUUAAAAGAGGUCACCGCCAUAAAACAAAUUCACGUAUUAAGAAAGUUCGUUUAUCUUCAAAAUUUAGUACUAAUGAUGGAAUUAGUCCAACAACAACUACAACUAAUUUUGGUACCGGUACAAAUAUUGAUACUGGCACUGGAACACGUACUUUUUCAGCAUCCACUACAUCAACUGAUGGAAAACGUUAUACUUUGCGUUCCUUAUCGGCGAAUGAAGUGUAUCGUAUUCUCAAAGAAUCUGGACGUGAAGAUGUUAUACCUAAAGGACGUGUUAUAACACAAGGAAUUGCUGCUAUUAAAACUGAUGCACCAGUUUUAGCUAAAAGUUUUGGUACCUCUGGAUUUUUAAAUGUAACUAGUUUGCUUAAUGGAUUUUUAAGUCCAAAAUAUCAAAUGCAAGAAAUUUGUUUCAAUACCGCAUCUUCUGGCUCAACAUCAGGUAAUGUAAAGCGACGUAGGAAAACCAGAAGAAAUAAUAAACAAACCAAACAAAAGCGUGGACGACGUGGUAGACAGGAUGCUACAGGUACUACGACAGUGCCUGAUGAUGGCACUGCUAUAACAACAUCAAAUGGCGGUAAUCCUACAGGAACUGUAACAACUACGGAGCCAACGGCUACAACGACCCCAACGACUCCAACUACUCCAACGACUCCAACUACACCAACAACACCAACUACACCAACUACACCAACUACUCCAACUACUCCAACUACAUCAACUUCUCCAACUACUACAACAACAACAAAUCCAACAAUAACUACUACUACUACGGGAAAACAUUAUACUUUGCGUUCAUUGUCAGCUAAUGAAGUUUACAGUAUUCUCGAAAAAGCUGGACGUAUGGAUGUUGUGCCUAAAGGACGUGUAAUAACACAAGGAAUUGCUGCUAUUAAAACUGAUGCACCAAUUAAAGCUAAUAGCAAUGGUGACUUCAGAUUUUUAAAUGUUACAAGUCUACUAAAUGGAGUUGUCAAUUCACAAUUUCAAAUGCAAGAAAUUUGCUUCAACACUGCAUCCACAGGAACCACGUCAGGUAAUGUAAAACGCCGUACGAAAACCAGAAGGAAUAAAAAACAAAAGAAACAGAAGCGUGGAAGACAAGGAAGACAAGCAACUGGAACAACAACUGUUCCAACCGGUACAAACCCCACUGGUACAACACCAACAACUCCUACUUCUCCUACGACACCUACUUCUCCCACGACUCCUACUACACCAACAACGCCAACUGCAACCACUACAACUACUGCCACUACCGGUACUAGUCCCACUACUACUGUACCGACAACUACCACAACUACUACUACAUCACCAGGUUCGACACAAUGUAUUCUUGUCAAGAAACCACUUUUAACAUACACAAGAUCUUAA